AUGAACGGACGUGCCGCCUCGAGGCAGAGCCUCUCCCAUGAGGAGAAGAUGGGCCUCCUUGAAGAGCGGACCAUCUCGGAUGCCGAGAGCGAGGGCAGCAGCAGCAGCAGCAACACUGUUGAUUUCGAACGACGCCCUAUCUUUGACUCCUCGAAAACACCCUCAUAUGCUUCAGUCGCCGCCAUCCCCUCUGAAUUCCUACGUUCGACGGCCUGGCGCAGCCUAAUAGUCCGCACCUUCAUCUUCCUGACACCUAGUUUCUUGCAGGGCCGCCAUGCUAGGGAGCAAAUAUGCCCGGCGAAGCUGUCCCCGACCGCUUAUCUCGAUGGCAUGCGCGGCCUUGCUGCUCUCUUCGUCUUCUUCUGUCACUACUUCUACCAGGCUUUCGUUAUUGCUGAGGGUUGGGGCUGCAGCACGACCAACUACCAUAUUCUGAAGCUUCCAUUCCUUCGGCUUUGGUAUCAGGGACCACCCGCCGUCUGCGUCUUCUUCGUCAUUUCCGGCUACGCCCUGUCCUAUCGCCCGCUGAAGCUCAUCCGCAGUCGAUCCUUUGGAGACUUCUCUACCACGAUGAGCUCGCUUGUGUUCCGCAGGGGAAUCCGUCUUUAUCUUCCAACGGCCAUCUCGACAUUCAUGAUUAUUGGACUGUUGAGGAUCGGAGCGUACGAGUGGACCCGGGAGUUCGCCAACAACCGGACCUACAUGAAGGUCGUUGUCGAGCCACAUCCUGCGAGGAUGGAGAGCGCAUACGCACAGUACAGAGACUGGGCCAUUCACAUGUUCAGAUUUGUCCAUGUUUUUGGCUGGGAUAAAUUUGGCGGGAGCACCUCCUACGACGUACACCUCUGGACUAUUCCAGUCGAGUUUCGAUGCUCUCUUUAUCUUUUCCUGGUCAUCAUCGGCACGGCUCGAUUGCAGUCGAAGCUCAGAUUCCUCGUCGUUGGCGCUAUCAUGUGCUUUGUCUACCGUCACUCUCGCUGGGAGCUGUUUCUUUUUUACUGCGGCAUGCUGCUGGCUGAGUGGGACCAUGUGCGCGGCGCACACUCACCUACUCCCUCAUUGCCUCUCGAUGAGAAACCUUCAUUCGGAUCUCGCAGGCCCCUUUGGAAGACGAUUUUCUGGGCAUUGGUCAGCAUUCUUGGACUGUACCUCAUGUGCCAGCCCGACGGCCGCGGCGAGAUUACCCCUGGCUGGGUCUACCUAUCGUCCCUCAUCCCAAAGUGGUGGGCUGAGGAGAAAUACCGCUACUGGCAGUCAACCGGCGCCGUCGUCUUCGUCUUGGCCGUGGGACACUCGAAGGGCUGGCAACGAUUUUUCAACACGCCUGUGGUCCAGUACUUUGGCAAAAUUUCCUACGCCCUCUAUCUUAUGCACGGACCGGCAAUGCACACGGUAGGAUACCACUGGGAGAAGUGGGCAUACGGAGUGACCGGCGUCCAGGGAUAUUGGUACAACACCGGCUUCGUCCUGGGGUCCGUGUUCUGCAUCCCAACGGUGAUCUGGUGGGCAGACGUUUUUUGGCGGGCCGUGGACAUUCCGACGGUUAAGUUUGCCAAGUGGUUUGAACAAAAGUGCAUAGCCAAGGAUUGA